GCACCUGCUUUUUGCCAAAUCGCCAAUAGACCCAAUAAGUAUAACAAUGGAGGCACCAGAAAAUAUUCAGACAGACAAAAAUACAAGACCAUACCGAUCUCGACUACAGCCAGCCUGCAACUCCUGCCGAAAACGCAAAUCCCGAUGCAAGACCGCGGGCUCCUCAAGCGCAUGUGCUACAUGCCAAUUGCAUGGAACUGAAUGUGUCUACCCUCGGGCGACAGAUGAGAUUUCGCAGCGGAAUCGUACACCGCGAAGGUUGGCCGCCAAGUCAAGGCAGGAUGGUGGUAAGAGCCCGGCGUCAGGACCGACUAGCCAAAUACGGAAGUCUACUUCAAGCUUCAAUUACAAUCCGCAGGUGUUUCAACAAAUCCCGGGUGCAGCUACUCACAUUGCGAAUACAUCAGAAAAUUUACCUGGGGCAACAGAUCAUGAGACUAGACACGAAGACCUGUUCUCCAACUUCAUGGGCAUCGUAGCCGAGACUGGGGAUGAUAGCUCUCACAUAGUCAGUCCAGCAGUUGCAAACGACAACGACAUCCUGGAGAGCUACUUGUCCACCAUCCCAGGUGCUCGUAGAAGAUGUCUGAUUCGACCAAGUUUCGAUUCUGGACGGGCCAUCAAGCCAGUGCUGUUCAACACCGUAUCAAGACGACCGUUGGGUAUGAACACGAAGCAAACCCUAGCGGCGACGAAGUGUGAAUAUAUUGAGAAAUACCUCGAGCCGGGUGUGGAGGAUGUUGUUGACUUGUUCUUCCAAAUUGCAAACAUUUGUUUCCCAAUCUUCGACGAAGCAUCCUUUCGAAACGUCUACCUCACACAUAAAGAAACGAUAUCACCAGCUCUUCUCUGCAACUUAUACGCCAACACUUUAGUCUACUGGGGAAAUUCGCCCAAAUUACGCUCUAUCCGCUCACCCGAUGUCCGUUUCAUCUGGAACCAAGCCAAUGAGGCUCUCAAUUCAGAGCUAUUCCUGUCCCCAGGGAUUUCAACCGUUAUGGCAAUUAUUCUUAAUGUCUGCGGUAGACCAAGUACAUCGAUGUUCGGUAAUGGGGGGAUGAUUGGUACAGCGGUUGCUUUGUGUAAUGCAUUAGGUCUCAAUCGCGACCCUUCGAAUUGGAAUAUAUCACCGCUGGAGAAGAGGUUUCGGAUUCGGAUCUGGUGGUUGGUCAAUGUGCACGAUUCUUGGUGCAGCUUAGCAUACGGAACACCACCCCAAAUCAACCGCGCCCAGCAUGAUGUUCCUUUCCCCAAACUAGAAGACUUCUGUGAUUCAAAUACAACACCAGACCAAAAAGCAGCAUCCUCCAUCUUCAUCACUCUAACGACUCUAACCGACAUCCUAGGCCGCUACCUCGAACACAUCUACCAAGUCUCAAAGAUUAACCACCCAUAUCCACCCGAAAUGCAAUCCGCUACAUACUUUGAGCACAUCCUUAGCAAAUGGGAAGAGUCAUUACCAGAUGAUAUACGGCGGCUGGUACUUCGCGGCACGCACCUGAAUGCACCAGGAGCAGCUAAUUUCCGACUGGCUUAUCUAGCAGUUAAACUCCUCCUUCGACGUAUUCAGCUCGAUCUCGACACUAAAGACGCUGCUGUUCACGUCGAAGAAGACAUAACUACCUCGCCGUUUUAUCUGCAAGCGCAGAGAGCAGCCGAAGAUAUCGUUCAUCUAGUCCAGGAACUAGACGAGUCCCAUUUCCGGGGCUUCUGGAUCCCCGUUAAUGCAUUCUCGCUCACUUCAGCUACGACAUUCCUCCUACGCAGUGGUCUUCGAAUGAGAACCUCAACCUCAACCAGUGGUAAUGCACCACUAAGAAUAGCGAGAGAGAUGACAAGCACACUACAUUCUCAUCGAUUACGUUUUUCAUGGGACAUUGCGGACCAUUGUCUCGCUAGUUGUAGUGAUUUGGCGGAGAAGAUAAGUUCUGUUGAGGCUGGGGGUGAUGGUAUGGGGGAUACGAGUUUUCUGGAUUUUGAAAACCAGGUUGAUAUGGAUUUAUCAGCACUGAAAGAUUUCUUGGAUGGGUUCCCGGGGUUUGUAGAUGGACUUGAGAUGCCGAUGCCUCUUUGAUAUACACAUGCUAGACGAGGGCUAGGUGCGUUUUAUUGGAGCCGCUUUCAGGCAGUCAGGUGUCUGCUGUUUAGGAUAACUAUUGAACGCAGAUUCAGGUAUGGCCAAUGCGUAAAACAAUGAAUUCAUACUAGAACAAAUGGAAAGCCCAAGAGUAUGAGCAUGCAAUUAACCGUCCAUAGACCUUUUCCAAAUUUUUUUU